UCGUAGAGAGGGAGGUUGUCCAUGCCAUAGAAAUCAUUCCAGGGAGUAAAACCCCAAAGGGAAGGAUCUACAGGAUGGUUCCCGCCGAGUUAGAUGAACUUCGGCGACAACUGAAAGAGCUGACAGAGAAGGGAUGGAUCCGGCCUUGUACUUCCCCUUACGGAUCUCUAGUACUAUUUGUACCAAAGAAGGGGGGUACAUUGAGGAUGUGCAUUGACUAUAGAGGCCUCAAUGCCAUCACAGUGAAGAACGCAGAGCCUCUUUCUCGCAUAGACGACCUACUGGAUAGGGUGCAGGGAUGCAAGUACUAUAGCAAGAUAGACUUGAAAUCCGGCUAUCAUCAGAUCGCAAUAAGACCUGAGGACCAACACAAGACAACUUUCCAGACUCGAUAUGGUCUCUUUGAGUUUGUAGUGAUGCCCUUUGGUUUUUGCAAUGCGCCGGGAACAUUCCAGCACGCUAUGAAUCGGAUCUUCCAUGACCGUUUAGACAAGUUUGUCGUGGUUUACCUUGACGACAUUCUGAUCUUUAGUAAGUCUGUCGAGGAGCAUGCACAUCACGUUGAGACUGUACGUUCACUCCUGCGACAACACAAGUAUAAGGUCAACCUAGAGAAGUUGCUGGCUCAACAAAAAGGGAAGAAGUUGAGACCGAUUGAGUACAUGAGCAAGAAAAUGCCAUCGAAGAAAUUGGCAAAGUCCACCUACGAAAGGGAACUCUAUGCUCUCUACAAGGCACUUGUCCAUUGGGGACACUUUCUGUUGGGACGAUUCUUCUACUUGAGAACUGACCAUCAAACGCUGAAAUGGAUCAAGACUCAACCGACUCUUUCCGAUGCACUCAAGCGCUGGAUUGAGGUCAUAGACCAAUAUGACUUCAAGCUUGAGUAUCUGAAGGGAGAGUACAACAAGGUUGCGGAUGCGCUAUCUCGUAGAGCAGACUACGUAGGGGCGCUAGUUUCUGAGUUUGGUGUAUCUCAGGAAGUAACUCAAUCGUUGGUGGGAGCCUAUCAAGAAGACCCUGUCAUGAUGGACAUCAUACGCAAACUUCAGGCAAGAGACAAGGCCACAGAAAGACAGAGUGUUUGCGUGGAUUUCAUGGACACCCUGGUGACCAGCAAGAGUGGCAAGAGGCACAUUUUCGUCAUCAUUGAUCGAUUCACCAAGUACGCUAGACUAGUUGCCAUGCCAGAGACCGCAAGGAUUGACCAUGUCAUCAAGUUGUUCCAGGACAAUUGGGUGCGUGACUUUGGUUUAGCAAAGACAAUCGUUAGUGACAGAGAUGUCCGUUUCACAAGUGAGUUGUGGAAGAAGACUGUUGAGCAGAUGGGCAGUCAACUUCAGAUGCCUUCAGGGAAUCAUCCCGAAGCCAAUGGACAAGCCGAGCAGAUGAACAGAGUUGUACAGCACCUGCUGAGGCAUUACAUCAAGCCCAACCAGGAUGACUGGGAUGAGAAGUUGCCUCUCAUCGCCAGCCUGUACAACAACGCUUUACACAGCAGUACCGGCGUUAGUCCUAAUCAGCUGCACUUGGGAUGGAAGCCUAGAUCAGAUCUAGACUUCCUCCUACCUGAAAACCGACCCGCUGCAACUCCAGGCACACUUGAGUAUGGUGUGCAGUAUGAGAAGUUGUUGCAAGAAGUUGUCGAGCACAUGAAGAAAGCUCAGCAAGCAAUGAUUGCUUCUGAGAAUCAACACCGUAGACAGUCCACAUUUCAAGUAGGGGAACGUGUCUGGGUCAAGGCUAGUGAGUUAGGACAGGAAUUCGGAAUCUCUCGCAAACUAAUGCCUCAGUACUUUGGUCCCUGGGAAGUCCCGGAUAUAGUGGGAGAUGAGAUGGAUGGUCCCACAUAUGUCAUUCGUGUCCCUGGACACCUACGCACUCACCCAGUCUUUCAUGCCUCAAAGCUUGCACCUUUCGCUGAGACAGAUCAAUUCCCUUCCAGGAGAUCGAUGUUGCCACCAACCAUGGAUGGUCAAGUGGACAUCGACGAUAUUGUGGAUCAUAGAGAUCUGCCUGUUCAGAAGCCAUUGGGUAGAGGAAGACCUCCAAAACCCAAGCGAGAGUAUCGCGUCAGAUUCAGGCACGAUACAGAUCCAAAGGAAGAUCGAUGGUUCACCAGAGAGGAACUGAUUGACACAGCUCCUCAAGUGGUGGCAGAGUAUGAAAGAAAGUUAAAAGGGAAGGCACCUGCGAAGUGGGUGGGGGUGGACGUUGCUCUUCCUCGUGGACGUGCGCGAAUGGAGGGAUGCGAUGGGGGUGGCCGUGCUGUGCUGUCGCCCAUGGAGAGGACAGUUGUCGUGGCGGCUGCCGUUGCCGUAGUCCGUCGAUACGAAGCGGAGAGGGCGGCGGGCCGCAUGAAGGCAGCGCUUUCCAGGCGGAGACACAGGCUUCUGCUGCAAAGGGUGUUGGACGCCCCGGACUGCAUCACGACUUCGGAGGCCGUGGUUCAGUUGUGCGUUGCAAUCGGCUCCGGUGUGCUUCCCAGGGCGACGCCACAUUGGUGGAUGAGGUGGAGAACUGGCGGGACUUGGGAGGAUUUGCGGGUGUGCGAUGACGCGACAGAUGACUACUUCCGGGAAAAGCUCCGCAUGUCGAGGAGAGUGUUCAUGGAGAUCACCGAAGCCUGUGCGCCUCAUUUGCAACGACAGGUCACGUUUUACAGGGAGCCACUUCAGCCGGAGCAGAUCGUCGCGUACGCGCUGUAUAGGUGGGCAACAGGAGAGUCGUACGUCAACAACACAUCAUCGUUCGGCAUGGGCAGAGCAUCCGGAGACAAGGGCUUUCCCAACUGCCAUGGCGCAGUUGACGGCACACACAUCUACGUGGACAAACCGGCUAACGCUCCGAGCGAGAACUACUUCGACCGCAAGCACCGUUUCUCCGUCAUUGCGCAGGUGGUUGUGGACCUGGAUCUGCGUGUGCUUGACGUCUUCGUUGGCUACCCGGGCAGCUGCCACGACAUUCGGGUGAUCCAACUGUCAAGUCUGUCAAGGCGCGCGGAAGAGGGAACGCUUUUUCGUGGGCCGCCUGUAACACUUACGGGAGGGGUGAGGACGAACGGAUACAUCUUGGGCGACAACGGGUAUCCUCCUUCAGAAUGGAUAGUGGUGUCGUACGGAGGAAUCAAUCAGCACCCGGACGAGGAAAGGUUCGACAACAAACAGAAGGUCGCUAGAGGUGCUGCGGAGAGGGCGUUCGGGAGGUUGAAGGGGAUGUGGAGGCUCUUCCUGCGGUCGCACAAGAUGAACUUGGACACUCUACCGCAGCAGUUCACGGUCGUCUGCAUUCUCCACAACAUCCUGCUAGAUGCUGGAAUCGAGUUCGACGAGAACUUGUUGUGGGAGGUCGACGAGAACGGGGUGAGGCGGCGAGUGGACCUGGGGAUUCAUCAUCCACUGCAGCCAGUGACGAUGCUGACAUCGAUAGACGCCGCACACGUGCUCCGCAAUGCCCUAGCGGAGCGAAUGAAACACAUCUGAUCGUGCGUGUCGCGCCACUCUGCAUCGCGUACACAAACAGAAGCCGUGUGCAUCCGUCGUCGAGUCGCAGCGCUUGCGUCAUUCACGAAUGCGCGCAGUUAGCUCGC